CCUUCUCAGGCUUAGCAAGCCUGUGAGGUCUUAUAAAAUAUGGGUGCUCUACAAGUAUUCUUCGUCUUGUCUGUGAUAAUAUGGGAAAAUGCAGGAGUUCAUGCCGACAAAGGCUACCCAAAGAAACCUUAUGGAUUUGGUUAUAAUACAGACGAUGGUUAUGGCAACACACAACAUCGUUAUGAAUAUGCUGAUCCUUAUUAUGGGGGAGUGAAAGGAUCAUACGGGUACUAUAAUGCCGAUGGAGUGUAUCGUACAGUGUACUACACUGCAGACAAGGGAGGAUUUCGAGCUAAAAUAAAGACAAACGAACCUGGUACAGAAAAUCAGAAUGCUGCUGAUGUAGAAAUAACUGCAUAUCCACCUCCACCAAAGUAUCCUCCCCCACCUCCUAAAUAUCCAGCUCCUGCUAAAUAUGCUCCCGCAUAUCCUGUACCUGCUUAUCCAGAUCCUCUUAAAUAUCCACAACCAAAAUAUCCUCAACCAAAGUAUCCUCAGCCAAAGUAUCCUCAGCCAGUCUAUCCAAAGUCUUAUUCUUAUUUCCAUAAAUACAUUCCUAAAUACUCUAAAUAUCCACCACCCGCCUAUUCCCAACCACAAUAUCCCGCCUCAAGCUAUCCUCAACCAUAUUAUUCACCACCAGCUUAUCCUCAUCCACAAUAUCCACCUCCACCAAGCUAUCCACAACCGAAAUAUCCUUCACCACCAGCAUACCCACAGCCAAAAUACCCACCACCAGCAGCCUAUCCACAACCUAAGUAUCCCCCUCCACCGUCUUAUCCUCAGCCAAAAUAUCCACCACCACCAACUUAUCCUCAACCGAAAUAUCCACCCCCAUCUUAUCCCCAACCAAAAUAUCCACCACCAUCUUAUCCACAACCAAAAUACCCUCCUCAACCAAGUUACCCAGAACCAAAAUAUCCUCCCCCACCAAGUUAUCCUCAGCCAAAAUAUCCACCUAAACCAAAAUACCCUCCACCACCUGCCUAUAAGCCAGAGCCUAAAUACCCACCUCCUGCAGCCUAUCCCCCUCAACCAAAAUACCCACCACCACCUGCCUAUAAGCCAGAGCCUAAGUACCCACCUCCUGCAGCCUAUCCCCCUCAACCAAAGUAUCCACCUCCUCCUACCUACCCUCCACAGCCAAAAUAUCCGGAGCCUACUUAUUCACCAAAACCAAAAUAUCCACAACCUAGCUACCCACCCCCACCUCCAAAAUAUCCUCCACCGCCAAAGAAGGAAUACCCUCCACCACAGCCUCCAAAGGAAUAUCCUCCCAAGCCAAAAUACCCAGAGCCGCCCAAAUAUCCUCCUCAUCCUAAUUAUGCACCCUACACGCCUUCUCCAGGAUACAAAUACCCUUUGCCACCACCGGCAACAGAAGCACCUCUUCCUGAAGAAGAACCAACAGAAGCACCUGUUGCUGGUGAGAUAGAAACCGAAAAUGCCACUGAAGCGCCUGCUGAGGAAGCAACUGAUGGACCAGCAGCAGACGUCGAAGCGGGCCCCGUUCUGGAACGCCAACAACAUUUUCGACCAAAAUUCGGAAGAAGGCUGCGACCUCCAACAAAUUCGCAUACAACUCCAGCCCCUGCUGUACCUGCUGAAGUCAUAGAACUAGAAAAUGUUGAGAUACCAGACGAAAUAUGGGACUUAACGGGUUAAAAUGUCAAGCAUUCAGUCAAAAUUAUGGCAACUGGAACACAAGUGCACAAGACUUCUUACCAUUUCAUAGGACUUUAUUGCUCAAAUCAAAAUAUAUCCUAAAUAUUAAAUAACUAAUAGAGUUUUAAGUUAAUGCCACCUCAGCUUUCUAUAAUCAUAAUGUGAUAUAUUCAUUCAGGUCUGGAAUAUGGAAUAUUUAAGUUUGUGUAUGACUUUUGAUAUGUAUUAUAUGAGGGCUCAUUGUCAUUGGUGGUGUGUUACCAUUUCAUCUCUCAUAGUCAUAACGUUGGUGUUUAUGGUGAAUAUGUAUUUAUGUAUAUAGUUAUUGUUAACCAAUUAAAGUUGUGAAUAUGUGAAUAGGAUAGUAAUAAAUUUUGCAUGAUGAAA